AUGCCCUUUCGCAUGGGAUUGAAGUUGUGUUUGGUUACGGGGUGUCUAAAUAGUGUGGAUAGAGUGAUGUCCCUUCGUAUGGCCAUUAAGACUGAGAAAUCUCUUUAUUGCGUUAAGUGUGUUGAAAAUGGGUUUGACUAUAUCUAUACUAGCAAUGCUCUUUUGAAUGCAGAAGGUGAAUAUCAAGGAAAAAGGAGUGAUUGUUCGUUGUCGUAUGCGGAAGAGUCUUUGUUUCUGCAGCGGAUUAAACGAAGAGGUCUGACUAAGUUGGGAGUGCCUUUGUUUGGGAUCUUUGCUAACCAAGAGUAUAGUCCGAAUGAAGCGAUUGGGUUUGUGAGUGGGGCCCUAGUGGAAGCUUCUGUAGAGUACACUGCCUUGUUGGGACAGUCCACUGGGGCUAAUCGGUGCUUUCUCUUGCGAGAACAGGGACUAAUGAUCGAUUCGCGCCGAGUGGGUAAUUUAACACGAUUUAUUCGACGGUCCUGCCGGCCUAAUGUACGGAUUUCUUUAGAGGGCCCGGCGGAAGAAUGGAUGUCUUUGCCGCCUGUUAAGAAGCGCCAUUUGGUUUCACGGCCGCCUUUGGCUCGUCUUUAUGCUACGGCUAAGAUAUACCAUAAUAGUGAGCUGUUUUUAGAUAGCAAGUACUCAGGACACCAGCAUGAACAGUGGUCCUCUCCCAAUGUAGCCAUUGGUCCUAACGAGUUGGUGGAUAAGUGUGCGUGCUCCUCAGCAUGGACGUGUCUCUAUGAGAAAAGUCAUCCCCAGCCCAGUCGUAUUGCAGUUGUUCAGAAAGAAGAUCGUUCUGCUCUUCUUCAUGCGCGCAUGCAUCGCUAUGUUGUGGACUUCUUCUGUCAUACCAACCUUAAACAUAUCCCUCUCUUAAGAAGCAAGUGUGUCUUUAUGAAGAUAUAA